UGAAAAUAGUUUUGUUGGCCUUUUUAGUCAAUAUUUAACUCGAUAUUCUGUUUGUGGUGGCUGGUAUCAAUGUUUAUUUGACAGAGAAGAAGUGAUUGAUCAACUAGCUAAAAUAUUCGGUAAUAGUAAAUAG